CAGUUUUGAAAAUGCUGUCAAAAUACAGUGUGCAAUAAGCACAAUAAACGUAAUACAUGCUGCUUUUUCUGCUUCUUCUUGCUUUUAGGCCUUGCUUGGGAUACAAUGUCAUUAGGAGCGAAAUGUACGAGGCCCACAAUAGCCACCGUAGGACUUGGUUAGUUCCGGAGCUCAUCGAAUCGGAUGAUCUCUCCAAGGACGCUGAAGAGUAUGCAAUUCAUCUGUCUACCUUAAAUAUUCCGGAUCAAAUAUUAUACGAGACAGCUGUAGAUAGAAACCUUCGAGUGGAUCACCUGGACUAUCCCUUAUCGGAGCCGGAUAAUGAAUUCUAUACGGAGAAUAUUUGUGAAUUUAUAAGAAACGAGUGUAUUUACUACUGGGCUACUGAGGGGGCGAAAUCCUAUGCCAUAGAAAAGGAGCGCAGGACAGAGGUCGAACAAUCAUUGGCUGACAAAUUCUCGGCCAUCACGUGGAAAUCGACGAGAGAAAUGGGUGUUGGAUGGGCACCAAAAGAUCGCUCAAAAAGGGGCGGACGAAAGAUAUUGGUAGUGAGGUACAACCCAGCAGGAAAUCAGCCCGGAGAGUUCGAAAAAAAUAUAGAAGAGCCCAAAUUCUUAGAAUACUUCGAAAUGCCAACAAGAGAAGACCCCGAUAGAUGGCGCAAUGGUUCGGCUAGAUUACGUUAUGGCUUAGUAGAUGUGCAAAUUUGUAUUUACUUAUUCCUCCUAAUCAUUCCCUUUAUAAGAAAAGCAUAAAGAUCUUAUAAAGGUUUGCAUGUAAAAAUCAUAAUUGAGUAAAAA